AGUAGGAGGGAGAGCGCGAGGAUGAGUGCAGGACACCCCUGCUGGAGGGUGCUGGAUCCGUGGACGGUGAUGUUGUUGGCGGUGGUGUUGGUGGCCGGGGGAGAUCGCGGGGAUGAGGAUUCCCGGACACUUUGUUGAGGAGGCCACGGCUCAAGGAGGGCGUUGUCUCGCCGUCGUCUUCCUCCACACCGGCUGAGCGACCGGCGGACGGGCGUUGGGGGUGGGGGGCGGUGGGGUGAGCAGGAACGAAGCGGCAGUACAAACAGAGAGGGAAGAGAGCGAGAGAGAGAGAGCAAAAGGAGAGAGGGAGAAGGGGAAACGGAGCCUGCCUGCUCGUUCGUUUCCAUAGCAACCCUGGUCCGAUGCGGCCAGCGACUGCCAUGAAUGCAAAGAGGCUGAACGUGUGGAUUUGUGUGUGCUCCUGCCGUUCCUUCAGUCUAGUGAUGGCAGACGGCGCUGCCCUGGCGAGCCGUGGCGCUUCGGGCCAGGCCAUGGCAUCUCGAGCCGCGUCGGCCGCCGCCGCCUCCCUGCCGGGCUUCGCCGACGCCGCCGGGGUGGGCGCCGCUCUUUCGGCCGCGGCCACGUCGCAUGCCCAGACCGGCGGUCGCAGGGGAGAGGCCGGCGGGCAUCCGGGGUCGGCGUCCGGGUCGUCGCGCCGCGGGGUCCUCAAGAGUGGCUGGCUCAAGAAGCAGGGCGGCUUCGUGCGCUCGUGGCACGCGCGCUGGUUCGUGCUGCGCGGGGAGCAGCUGUGCUACUACAAGGACGAGGACGAGAACAAGAUCCUGGGCUCCCUGUUCCUGCCGGGGAGCCGCGUACUGGAGCGACCCCCCACCCCGGAUGACCCGAACAAAUACCUGCUCGAGAUCUUGUCAGGCGGGGAACGUGCCGGCGGCAGCGCGGAGAGCACCGUGCUCAUGGCGAGCUCGCAGAGCGACAUGGAGGAGUGGGCGCGUGCACUGCGGCGUGUCAUCUGGGCUCCGCUCGGCGGCGGCGUGUUCGGCCAGCGUCUGGAGGAGACGGUGCGCUGGGAGCGGCAGCACUGCGGCCACGCCACCGUGCCACCGGGCGCCCUGGCGGGCCUGCCUCCCGCGCCGCGUGUCGUGCAGCAGUGCGUGAGCUUCAUCCGCGAGCGCGGCCUCGCCGAGGAGGGCCUCUUCCGCAUGCCGGGUCAGGCCAGCCUCGUGCGCGACCUUCAGCGGGCCUUCGACUGCGGAGAGAGGCCCAGCUUUGACGGGAGCACGGACGUGCACACGGUGGCGUCGCUGCUCAAGCUGUACCUGCGCGAGCUGCCCGAACCCGUGGUGCCCUUCUCCGCCUACGCCGACUUCCUGGCGUGCGCCAAGCUGCUCAACGCCAAGCCCGAGCAGGGAUUUCUGGAGCUGUCGUGCCGCUUGCAGGUGCUGCCUCCUGCAAACUACAGCCUCCUGCGCUACAUCUGCAGCUUCCUGGACGAGGUGCAAUCCCACUCGGUCGUCAACAAGAUGAGCGUCCAGAACCUGGCCACGGUUUUCGGGCCCAACAUCCUGCGGCCCAAGACAGAAGAUCCGGCCUCCAUCAUGGAAGGAGCCCCCCUGAUCCAGCAGCUCAUGGAGGUGUUCAUUGCUGAGCAGCACCGCCUCUUCCUGCGGCCGUGCGUCGACGCCCACGCGUCCCGCCUGCCCCCGGGCAGCCUGGGCCGCCCCGAAGGCCUGCGCAAGGACGCCUGCAAGGGCCCGCCGCUGCUUCUCUCCGGCGGGGGGGGCACAGCGUCAUGUGGGCCGCUGGCCGGGGUCGGCCGCCCCUCCGCGUGGGGGGCCCUGCCGCUCUCCGAGUCCGACACGUGCACCAGCGGCUCCGAGCUGGGCGCCGCCGUCAUCUUCCGCGGCCGCUCCGGGGGCGGGGCGGGGUGCCGCCCGUUGCCGGCGGUGGCCGACCCGCUCGGGAGCCCGCGAGCCGCGGCCGCGCGAAAGGGCACGGCCGCGCUUUUCGGCAAGGGUGCGGUCGCGAACGGCUCGCUCGGCGGGGCCGUCGACGGCCGCGGCGAGGCGCCGUACCGCGCCGGGCCCGGCUGCCCCCCGACCGGCGGCCGCAAGGCCGGCUCGCCGAGGACGGGUGGCCCGCGGUUCGGCCCCGUGCCGCUGCCGCCGCCGCCGACGACGUCGCGGGGCGCCGCGUCCGACACGCUGGAGUGCUCGUCUCGCCUCUGGGCCGCCAACGGCUACGCCACAAUCCGCGAGCACAACCGCAGGCCCCCGGGGCCCGAGCGGGCCAGCGGGUGCCGCGGCGGCGUCGGCGCCGGCUGCGUCGGCGGUGGCGUGGGCGGCUCGGCCACGCUGCAGAGGAUUUCCACGUACGACAACGUGCCGGCCGAGAGCCCGUCGGCCGGCAACUCGGAGGAGCAGCGCAGCGUGGACAGCGGUGCGACGUGGUCCAGCUCGUCGUGCGAGAUCUCGCUGGGCGACGUCGCGGCUUCCGCGUGCGGCUCCACGCCGGCGUGCUCCUUUCGCGACUGCGGCUACGGCGAGCUGCGGGGAGGGCGCGCAGAGCCGCGGGGCGCCCCCGCGCAGCUAGAGGGCCUGGUGGAGCGGGUAGAGGUGUGCGUGCGGAGCAGCGUCACCACCACCACCACGAGCCGCAUCAACGAGCCGGCGCUGCUGCCGCCGCUGCCGCUGGCGCCGCAGCCGCUGGCGCUGGCGGGCGGCCCCUGCGGGGGAGCCGGGCCGGGCGGGGCGGGGCCGCUGGGGUGCGAUCCCGACGGGUCGCACCACGAAGCUAUGCAGGAGCUCGUCGUGGAGCUCAAGAUGGAGUUGAGUCGACAGAAGGCCGAGUACGAGCAGAGGAUAAAAAGCCUGGAGGCGAGCGGCGUGGACGCCUGCCGGCGAGCUGAGCGCCUCUCCGAGGAGCUGGAGCAGGAGCGCGCGCGGCACCGCAUGGCCGAGAUCCGGCAGCGCAACGCGGAGCGCGCCCGUCAGGACGCCGAGGCGCGCAACCGCGUCCUCCAGCGGGAGAUGGAGCACUUCUUCGCGUCGUUCUCCGACACCGGCCAGCCCGAAAGCACCCAGAUGCCCAAGCGCCGCGGCCACCUGCAGCCGCGGUAGCCGUGGGCGUGGCGUCGCGGGCACGCCGGGUCGACCGACGACCCGACCUGCGUGACCUCCCACUAGGGGGUCCGGCUGUCCUUUGCCUCUACGGCGGAUUGCGGUGAUUGGGACGCGAGCCCGGCGAUGGGUCGAGGUGUGGAGGCGGCGCCACGGUGCGAGCGUCAAUACACCGCCACCGCCGCAGAGGUCUCGUCCGUUUGUUGUUGUUGUUAUGCACGGGUCGACAGUGGCAGCGAGACAGAACGACUGUUGGUAAAAACGAAACUCGUGGCGGGAGAGCGCCAAGACAUCAGGGGGACGACUAAGGCAGGGCUUAAUUUCUCACUGGAUAUUUUCCCGGACGGACCCGGCCGAAAUGAAGCUCUGAGAAAUGAAGAGAGCCCACAUGACUGUGUUAGGCUCAAAGGGGGUCAGCGCUUUAGGGUCGCCGCCUUAGCGUCAGGGACUUUUUUGUUAGGAUCGGCGUCGGUCUCCCUGCUACGGUUACCGUGUUAGGGUUAGGGUCCUGGUGUGUAAAAGUCAGGGUUAUUGUGUAAGGGUUGGGGUCCGUGGCGUAGCUAUCGAGUGUGCAGGCGGUGAAACUGUACCGGGGCCCACGGCCUGGAGUGGCCCAGGUGCUGGGCUGCAAAGAAGGCGAGGAAAUUUAAUUUGGACAGGGAGUGGCCCCAUUUCGUACCUUGCUAUGGGGCUCGUGCCAAUUACGUUACGCCACCGAUUAGGGUAUCAUUGUUUAGGCUUGACGUUUUAGCACUAUGAUCACAGUGCGUUGGAGUGUAAGAAUUUGUAUUACAUAUAACGAUUUUGUAUGAGGUAUUCGGGUCAGGGUUAUCGCAUUGGCGUUAGGGUGCCCGUGUUAUCGUUAAGAGGAGAUCUUAAAGGGUCAUCCGGGCAUUUCCUCGUAGUGCCAUGGAUUGCCGGAGGCAGUAUGAGUUAAAUAACAAUGCAAUUAAUAUAAUUUGUGCGCGAUAAAUUAUGUUACGUUUGGGGUUACGGUUGGGGAUGAUGUUUAAUGUCGGAUACAUGGGGACAAAGUUCUAGUUUUGUUGGUGGCUACGAUCAGAGUUACAGGAGUGGCAGCGAGGGAUACAAUCACGACCGCCUGGGUUCUCGCGGUUCGUCCUGCACAGCUCCCCGACGCGUUUUCGUUUUGUACCGAGUGUCGUUCGGCGCGACCUUCCGACGUUUCUCUACCACCCGCUGGGAGCUUCAAGGGAGCUACCGACGCAUGGAGCUGAAACGCCGCGGGGCGUUGUGCCGAACGACACACGGCGCAGCCGGGAACGCGCAUCGGUAGAGGAAGAACAUUCCGGCCUUUGGACGCGAGAGAGCUCAAGGUCGACAUGGGACUGUUCUGAAGGAGCGAUGGCGACUUUUGCCGCAGCGGCGGCAAUUCAUCUCGGAGUGAUCCCUCCACCGGACGGACGGCAACGGAUGUCGCCUUUCCCUUUUUGUCCACGGAGAAGGCAACAAAGAUGAACAGCUUCGAUUUCUGCGUCGGGCGAAGACUGGGGACAGACAUUUCUUACGGACGCUAACCAAGGUGCUAUUUGAGUGAUGUAGGCAAUGCGGCAGCGGCGUGCCGGACUCUGCGGCGCGUCCGUGCUUACGUACGGCAGGACCCUCCUAAUCGUCGGGACAGAGCCACGCACACUUCGGUUGCUGCUACGCCCAGACUCACAAAGCUCCAGGCCAUGAGAUUUUCUUCACCGUUAGCCAUGAAACCAAAAAUGAAAUCCCUCUCUUACUCCUCCCCACCCCCGGCGCACGCGACCGCUCCUGCCAGGUGGCCGGUGGGCUGGGUUAACGUCGAGCCGUGAACAGCUUUGCGUUAAAAUUCAUGACCCCCCCCCCCCCCUUCCCCCCAGCCAGAAGAUGCUCACGGCGCUUUCGCGUGGAUUUUGCUCGCAGGGUGAGAUUGCGAGCGCCCUCCCCCACCCCCCGCAAUGAUCACAUCGCCCGGAACGUGCCCAGUCUCGUCAGGUCUCGAAAGCCAAGCCAGGGUUGAGCCUGGGCAGCGCUUCAGAGGGGUGACCGCCGUGCAUAGCAGGUCGCUUGGAGGAUACGGGGCGGCGUCGUCAUGGGCAGCAGAGGGCAGCGCAGCAAAAGUCCAUCGUUGCACUGUACUUCUACGCUUUCCGCUCUUCACCAACGCGCGUUGAUUAGCGUGGCGAAGUAUGCUCAAAUAACCCCCCCACCCCCCUCCCCCACGACCCGCACGGUGUGGGGAGGUCCUUAUCCAGCCUUGGAUUCACAAAUGGGAUGUGCACGUAGCGUGUACAGUCACGGCGGUCGAGGCAAAACGGGAGAGUGGACGCGGCGCAGUUUCCAGUGACAAAUUGUAACCGUAUUAAAUUGAAAUGGGUUACAUGGACGGGAACUGUCCACUCGUGGCGUGGGCUCUCAGGACAUCGAGGUUUUAAAUCCGUGUGAAGCAAGGGGAGCACAACUCCGGUUCCGCGGAGCAGGCAAAAAAAAUCUACGUUUCUAGGUUUCCGUUCCAACCGAGCUCUCAUUGGCUCGAGCCCUUAAUUGACGAUAUAAUUUGUUCAGACCUUAUUCAUCGCCCGCAGCUAUGAAGCAGUGGGAUAUUCUGCACUAUCUGUACAGCCUGCAGGGGUUGUGGCCCACAAGCACUGGAGUUGUGCACUCCUGGUGUCAGGUAAUCAUGAGUCUGGUCCAGGUUGUUCAUUAUAUUUCCUCACUCCGGGUUAUGUCCAUCUGCUGCCCUGGCAACAUCAUUUGUACCCCCUUUUUCCCACGGGCACAUUCCAAGCCAAACCAGCACCGGGCCGUCACGGUAUGGUGUGGUUUCCGCUGGCUAUUUGCCAUUCCGAACAGCAAAAAAACAAACCGUGUCUACGCUGGCCUCACACGAUACGACACCGGAAUCUGGCUCGGGGGGGGGGGUAGGGUGGGGGGGAGGCCAAGCAGGGCCAAGGGGGCCGGGGCUCACGACGUCACGCUCAUUUGCGCGUGACGUCGAAACGGUACCCUGCGAGGAUGUGGCGUCCACUGAGCCGCCACCGGCGCGCGUCUCGGCCCUUCCGUUACACGUGACGUGUCAGCAGCACGGUUCGGCUCGCGCCUUGG